CAUAGAUGUAAUUAUCCUAAGUUUCUUGUAUAUAUUAUCUUCCUAUGUCCUUAGUUUUUCUUUAUGAGAGAGUAGACCCCUCUUUUCACUGAAUCUCUCCUCUCCCAUCUUCUUCAUCAUAAAGUGCAUGUGCCACCACAAAUUUUCUAAGAAAAAUGGAAGGAAUUAGUUUCUUGAAGAAAAGUUCUAAGGGAAAGAAAGAUGACCUUUAUCAUGUUAUUCAUAAGGUUCCUUAUGGUGAUAGUCCUUAUGUUAAAGCCAAACAUGCUCAGUUGGUGGAUAAAGAUCCAGAAGUUGCAAUAGUGUAUUUUUGGAAAGCAAUUAAUGUUGGAGACAAAGUGGAUAGUGCUUUGAAGGAUAUGGCUGUUGUCAUGAAACAAUUAGAUAGAGCUGAAGAAGCUAUUGAAGCAAUCAAAUCUUUUAGAGGUCUUUGCUCUAAACAUUCUCAAGAAUCACUUGAUAAUGUGCUUCUUGAUCUUUACAAGAAAUGUGGAAGAAUAGAAGAGCAAAUUGAAUUAUUGAAAAGAAAGCUAAGACUUAUCUACCAAGGUGAGGCCUUUAAUGGAAGGACGACAAAGACUGCUCGUUCUCAUGGCAAAAAGUUCCAAGUUUCAAUCAAGCAAGAAACUGCAAGAUUAUUGGGAAACUUGGGCUGGGCCUACAUGCAAAAAACAAACUACAUGAUGGCUGAAGUGGUUUUCAAAAAAGCCCAAAUGAUAGAUGCUGAUGCCAAUAAAGCUUUGAACUUAGCCUUAUGCUUAAUGAGACAAUCUCGUUAUGAAGAAGCUUAUUUAAUUCUUGAACAAGUUUUACAAGGAAAGUUACCAGGUUCUGAUGAAAUAAAAUCCAAAAAUAGAGCUGAGGAAUUAGUUGUGGAAUUAAGUGCUAAUUUGCCACAACCUUUGUUUAUGGAUGAUUUGGGCCUUGAUGAUGAUCUUGUGAAAGGAAUUGAUGGAUUAUUAAAUAUUUGGAGUCCAACUAGAUCAAGAAGACUUCCAAUCUUUGAGGAAAUUUCUUCUUUUAGAGAUCAAUUAGCAUGUUAAUAAGUUAAUUGUUUUUAUUGUAUUUUGUAUAUUGUCUUAGGUUUAAGUUUGGGUAAAAUGGUCCAUUAAUUGUUUUCCAACUUCCUAUUCUUCCUUUGCCCUUUUUCUCCUUAAAAUGGUGAGGAAAAAAAUUAGAAUAAGGUUUGCUUGUAAUAAUAAUAAUGUUCUAAUAAUGUGAUCAUAAAAUUUGUAGUU